AUGACUAUGGCAUCUCUCACAAAAACCAAGCAAUCCCCGUCCCAACCCACACCAACACCCCCCUCACAAAAAUGCAUAUCCCUCACCCCCCAAACCAAGAAAUUCCUCCACCGCAUCUCCCUCCAUCCAACCCUAACCCCUUACCGCCGCCGCGUCUACCGCACCCUCCUCUCCGUGCCGGAAGGCCGCUGGACCACUUACUCGGCGCUCGCGACACAUCUAGGCUCCAGCGCACGGGCCGUGGGAAAUGCAAUGCGCACGAACCCGUUUGCGCCGGAAGUGCCCUGUCAUCGGGUGCUGGCGACGAAUGGGACGUUGGGCGGUUAUAAGGGGGAGUGGAUCUUGGGUGGGAAGUAUCAGGUUGAGAAGAGACGGUUGUUGGAGGGGGAAGGAGUGGUGUUUGAUGAGGGUGGGAGGGCGCAGGGGGAGUGCUUUCGGGGGUUUGUGGAUUUGGGGAGUGGAAAGCAGGAGUCCCAGCUGCUCGCUCAGAAUGGGUGGUGGAGAUCGGACCUCGAGGCCCAAAAAGAGGACGACAGAGAGUACGAGGAGUUCUACUCGCAGAAUACGGUACCGGAUGGCAAACUGGUAUAUCCACCCCAAUGGAACAAGCGAAGGGAAUCCCCCUUGCUCCCAGAAUGA